UAGCCUGAAUGAGUCACACAGAAGAAGAGAGGCGAAAAGCCAUGGCGGCUGACAGUUUGUAAUGAGCCAACAAAAACAGCAAAGAUUCUCGCAAGUUGGAUCUACAACGUUUAAAUCAGGCUCGGGGAGAAAAACUCAGUCGGCAAAAUGCUGAUAACUCUGAAAACCCUUCAACAGCAGACGUUCAAAAUCGACAUCGAUGAAGAAGAGACGGUGAAGACAUUAAAAGAGAGGAUUGAACAGGAGAAGGGAAUGGACAAUUUUUCAGUUGCUGGACAGAAACUGAUAUAUGCUGGUAAAAUCCUCAGCGAUGACACUGCCCUCAAAGAGUAUAAAAUCGACGAGAAGAACUUUGUGGUCGUCAUGGUGACAAAGCCUAAAACGGCCUCAACCGCCCCACAGCCCUCGGCUUCCACCUCAGCCCCCAGCACUACAGCUUCCACAGCGCCUCCCGCCUCGUCAUCUGGCUCUGAAAACAUGACAGAGCGCACCUCUACAGACGACAAACCGGAGGAGAGGCAGUCCUCGACCACCGAACCAGCUUCCUCCCCAGUCGGAAGCUCUGAGGCAUCAACAAACACAAACCUUAUUGAUGAGGCCGUUUCAAAUCUAGUGACAGGCCCAUCAUAUGACGCCAUGGUGAACGAGAUGAUGCUCAUGGGCUACGAGAGGGAGCAGGUGGUAGCAGCUCUGCGAGCGAGCUUCAACAACCCAGACAGAGCUGUGGAGUACCUGCUCACGGGUAUCCCAGGUAGAGAUCAGGGUCAUGCGACGGGACCUGAUGCAGUGGCGCCUCCAGCGAGUGGGGUUCCAGCUGCCCCCACAGGGGGUUCUAGCAUCCCUGCCAACACUGGCUCUUCACCAAGUGCUGGAGUCAAUCCCUUGAGUUUCCUAAGAAAUCAGCCCCAGUUUCAUGUGAUGCGACAGCUGAUCCAGCAGAACGCCGCCCUGCUUCCAGCUCUGCUGCAGGAGAUCGGCAGGGAAAACCCCGAGCUGUUACAGGAGAUUAGCAACCACCAAGAGCAGUUCAUCCAGAUGCUGAAUGAACCCAAUCCAGAAGCCGUGCCUGUCGGUGGCGGAGCUGGAUCGGGAGGAGCGGGGGGAGCUGGAGGGAUGGGAGGUGACACACCUGGCGGAGGUCAAAUGAGCUACAUCCAGGUCACGCCGCAGGAGAAAGAGGCCAUCGAGAGGCUAAAAGCUUUAGGAUUUCCAGAGGGACUUGUUAUACAAGCCUACUUUGCCUGUGAGAAGAAUGAGAACUUGGCCGCCAACUUCCUUUUACAACAAAACUUUGACGAUGAUUAAAAGAGCCAUCUUUAUUUUGACUUUUUUUCUUAUAUCUUCCUCUACUUUUUGAUUGCUGAUAUUAAAAUAUAUGUGUACAACAAGCCUUUUACAUUUCCAAAAAAUAAGUUUUAUUCACCACUUCCACAUUCACCUCUCUUAAUAACACUGGAUCAUUAUCAUAAGGACAGGCUGUUGUUUGUGAUCAGCUUGAAAUGGAGGAAUAAUUGAAAUAUAGUGACUUUGCAACAGAAAUCACCUGUGUGCUAUUGAUUUCACUUUAGUUAAGACCUAUGAUUUUUUUUUUUAAUCAAUAUGGUUUGCCAUGGCAGUAUGUUUCACACUAUAAGUAAGGUUAGUUCAGGGUUUAUCCGAAAGGUAUUCACGCACUCUUAUUGGUCAGUUUUUUUCAAGUAAUAGAGAUUGAAACAUUAAAGCUGUGCAUAAUAACAUGUAUGGCACCGGUUCUUUUUCUAUUUGACAUCCCUCAUCUGCAUGUAAAUCAACAGGAUUGUUUGGCAGGGGAUGUGUAACAAUGUCUGAGCUGCGAUGCAUAUAUGAAGGCAUAUAAACAUGUAUAUAGUUUACAUACAUGUGAUAGGGUUUAGUUGCAACGACUGUCAUUUUUACAGAAAAAAUAAAGUUUUCAAGAUAAAUGAAAA